AUGCCUGACGGUGUUGGCAAUCCGAUACAGGUCAACGUGAGAAUAAGACCGUCAAGUGCAGAGGAGAAACAGCUUUCUCAACGUUGGAAGAAUGAGGUUGUCACUGCCUCGGAAAUGUCUCACAUCGUGGUGGACAAGAGGAAAAGAUUCACAUUUGAUACAGCUUUUUCAACAUUUACAUCGCAGCAGUCUGUGUAUGAUAUUUGUGCCAAGAACAUGUUGAAUCAAUUCUUGGAAGGAAGGAAUUGCUGUAUUAUGGCUUACGGAAGGACUGGCACUGGAAAGUCUUUUACAUUGGGAUUAUCCGAAGAAACUGUCUCCGCGACUACUACUGCAUCACGAAUGGCGAAAGAGGGCAUAGCUCCCCGAAUCCUACGUAAUUUAUUCUCAAGUCUUCCAGCAUCCAACGCUGAUUCCAAAGUGAAGUUGACGUGUUCAUUCAUGCAGCUGUAUGAUGAACAAGUAAUAGAUCUCCUCAACUAUCCAGCAAGAGGCCCUUAUGAUCGAAAGCCCAUCACUGCUCCAGCCGAUCAGAUAAAAUAUAUCGAAUUACGAGAGGAUGCUGCUGGUCUUGUGCAUUGCAUUGGUGGAAAAGAUGUGGAAAUCGCUACGCUACAGGAAGCCCUAAACUUGUUGAUGAGCGGACUUGAAUAUAGAGCAGCCGUAGCAACAGAGAUGAAUUAUGACGUGUCGCAAGUCCAUACCCUAUUUCAAAUAUCUUUAAGGCAUCAGAGCUUUGAAUUGGACGGUAUAAAAGAUAGUAAAACCAAUCAACCUAAUGGAGACUGGAAGAUUAUAAACUCGAAAUUUCUAUUUGUCGAUCUGGCUGGCUCAGAAAGUCUACAAGCCUUCAGUACCUCUGAAACAACUUCGAAAGAUGGAGGAUUAAGUGCACUAGGCAAAGUUAUAUCUAGGCUGGCCGAAGAUACCGCACGAUCACGGAAUAGUAUACCAUACAAUGACUCGAAACUUACUCGAUUACUCAAAGAUCCGUUGGGUGGUAAUUUCCAGACUUUGCUGAUGGCCUGUGUUGGUCCAACAGAAUCUACUUUACCCGAUACUUUGAAUACAUUAAAGUACGCCAUUCGAGGUCGUAGUAUCAGGAACUCACCCCAGCUCAAUAUCGAAUACCAGUCAGAAUUGGAUGCACUAAAGACUCAAGUUACAAAAUUCAAGUCGCAGAUACAGCAACUGAACGAUGGUGCUGAAGGCGAUCCUCUUCGACUAAGAAAGGAGAAUACAGAUCUGCGUUCACAAUUAGAACGUUUGUCGAACGAGCUGGCGCUGGCGCAAGCAGGAUUUGAUCUCAAGAAUCGUAAAAAUAUGGAUGACGACAAUGACAGUGCUUCCAUUAGAACGUCUGCUGCUGAUGAAGGCAAAACGGGUGUCUCGAGAGACGAUAAUGAGAAUCUCCAAUCUAUUGUUUCAAAGCUAGAGAAAGAGCUUGCUGCCAGUAAACAGUCAUCGCAAGAUUUGCAGAUGGCUUUUGAUAGACAAAAGUCACGAGUGAUUGAAUUGGAAACCAUCCACCAAGUCGCUGUAUCUGAAUUAGCUGGUCUUCAGUCUCGAGGGAUAUCUGUCGAUGGCAUCGAAGAUUUGAAGAAACAAUUGGCAGCAGCCACCAAAUCGGCCAAUAUCAAUCGAGCAGAGAGCGAUGCUCUGCAUAAACAGGUCAAGGGGAUGGAAACUGCUGUGCAAAACAAGGAUAAAGAAAUGAAUAUCAUGAAAUCCAAACUCGCGGCUGCUCAAGCUGACAAGGAACGAGCUGAGACUGCGGAGAAGCAAUUAUCGGAAUCCAUGACUGCUCUCGAUGCCAAGAAUAAUAGAAUAAAAGAGCUCGAGGACAAGUUUUUAGGCGAUUCUCCUCACUCUGAAAGGACAGCUUGGCAACGUGUGUUGGAAUUAGAAUCCUGGCUUGAAAAGCUCUUGAUCGUAUGGCCGGCUUCAGUUCAGCUUCAUGAUGUUGGUACUGUCAAAGCAAAUGGUGUGAGCAAGUCGGGUAAAGACUUUGUUGCUGAUAUUAGAGCUAGUAUUGCUCAAACCAAGCCUGAUAUGGCCAAGACCGUGACUCCUGCCAAAACUGAUGAUUCGAUCUGGGCUGCUGCGUUGGAAAAUGUACAGAAUUCUUUCAACCUCGUCAGCGCUCAAGUCACGGAUCUGAAACAGAAGGAGAUACAGUCGAAAAAGGAUUUAGAAGAUUUAAAGACACGUCUCGCCACUAGUAGUACUGAGCUGAGCAAGCUGAAGACGACAGCUCAGCAAGCUCAAAUAGAUUCCCAAACGUACAAGUCUCAGAUUGAUAAUUUCAACAAGCAGAUGGAUUCUAAGGCUAAAGAGUUUACAAACAUGUCUCUUCAACUGGCUGCAGUAAAUGUGGAGUUGAUGAAACGUAAUAAGGAUAUAGAAAACCUCAACAAGCAACUCAGUGAAGCUCAGGGACGACAUUCAAUGUCUCUGAAUGAGCUGAAGAAGGUCAAGACUGAGACUGAAGAUAGAGUCAAGACCGUAGCCAAGGAGAAAUUAGACGAAGUAGCAAAUGUAGCCAAGACGCAUGAAGCUGCUGCUUCCAUGUUGUCUGCUGAAUUAGAGGCAAAGAAGAAGCAGGUCUCGACUUUGCAAAGUAAAUGGGAUGAGUUACAAAAGAACCAUGAUAGUGUAGCUGCUGAGUUACUUGAUCACAAGACACAGCUACAGGCUGCUUUGACCAAGUUGUCGCAGGAAGAGGCUAAGGGAGGUUCGGCAGAUGAACUCAAAGUAGCCAAACUUCAAAAAGAGUUUGAUUCUUUGAAUGCAAUCGCCAAGGAGCAGAGCGAAGAGAUAUAUAGACUGAAGACAGCACAAUUGACAGAUGCUCAGAAAAUAGCGGACUCGAUACGAGCUGCUCGACCAGAUGGAAACAUGACAGAUAUGAAGCUUCGAUUAUCGGCUCUCGAGGAGCAACUCAAUAAGUCGAAAGCAGAGCUCACGAUUACCAAGAAGUCUCUCUUGGAGGCUUCCAAUACCAUAUCAUCUCAACAAGACAUGUUGUCUAAGCUGAAGAAUCAGCUGCAUAGCAACAUGCAAAGAUCCUUGAAUAGGUCGGUACUCCCUAGCACACCUGUAGAAGUCUUUGCAGCAAAUAAGAGAGCAGAGCUGGCAGAAAAGGAAAUCAUCAAAGUGAAGAAUGAUUUGCUGAUAUCUAGAACGACGCAAUCAACGCUGGAAGCUAAGCUCAAGGAGUAUGAAAAGGCAUUGAAGGGUCUUGGAUCCAACAAUGCUGGUGUACUACUCUUUGGUGAGAGAACAAGCUCAUUGAAGAAGGAUCGACGUAGUAUCGUAAACAGGUAUCCGAUAUCACCACCUGAAACGCCUGUAAUGAAUAGUUUGACCAAUUCGCCGCCUCCUCCUCCGCCGCCUCCGAAAUCACCGAUACCAGACAAUAUAGAUAUACUAGAGUUACUUAGGUGGGCUGACGAUGGUGACGAUGUAUCCUCAUCACAACGUAGCUUCUUUACUUCAACAGAUAACCAUAAUAAUAAUCCUACCAGUGUUGGUUCUCUACUUAAUGAUACCUCAUCUGCUCCAGUCGCGCCGUCACCUGCAGCACCAUUUGCACCAUUUACGGGUAGUCUCCCUAUACCAACGAAAUCAUCUCGCGCAGUAGUAUCACCGGUACCCUCAACUGUAUCGUCAACAUCCUCAUCUGACAAACCAUCAAGGCCACCACGGUCUAGAGAACGUAAUUUAAACGCUGACUUUGACCCUAGUGUUACAAUUGCAGGUCUCAAUGCCGCUUUAGACUCAUCACGCUCAGAAGUCACUCGUCUUCAAUCUCUCAAGCUCGAAUCAGACUUUAAGGAGAAUGGAUUUAGGCGCGAGAUUGAUGAUUUGAAAAAGAGAUUAGAGAUGGCACAUGCUGCUCUUGGAAUUGGAAAGCCUACCGGUGCCUUGGGUAUAAUUAGCAGCGGGAGAAGAUCAGCUAAUUACAGAAGGGCCCAGGCUAGUAACUCGGGUUUGAACAUGUGUACAACAGAUCAGGAUUAA